AUUUUUUAGAAUCUUUAGAGAACUUAUGGCUAUAUCCAGGGACAGGAACACCAAAUUGUACUUCUUAUGUGAGAAUGUUCAAUCCAUGGAGCACCGUAUUUGCGAUGAGAUAACCAAAAUUAUUGGAGUGAAGCCCAGCAUUCACAAUGCAAACAAAUUUGGGUACAUGAAGCGGCCUCGUAUUUUUUGGGGAAAUUUGCCUGUGUUUGGUGAAGCAGAGACACCAAUAGGUACAGCAAAAGUCGGUCAUGUGCAAGAAAUCUUGUCAUAUGGGAGGAAGGCAAAUGUCUCCAUACUGCCCAAAUUGACAACUACCUAUCAUUCCCAAGUAACAGGAAAAGGAUGUUCUAAAAAGUUACCUGUGAUUGAAGAUGGUAUUGAAAAACCACUGCUUACUGUUGAGAUGGAGAAGGCCUUCCAAAAUCGUUUACUGAUGGGGCAGAUCUUGGAAAAGUUGCUAGGAGGGAAUUGUUGGGAAGGGCUUGGUGUGCUAACACUAUAAGUGAGUUAUUACAACCAUUAGCAGAAAUCUUCAAAACCUGUUAAUGAAUCAAUUUGGGAAGGGACGGGUGAGCUAAUUGUGUAUGUUCUUUGUAUAAGUGUGAUGAAGAUAAAGUCUGCAAAUUCUAGUACCUAAACUAUUGUUCUUUGUAGUCAAAUCCUUUUUUUUUUUUUUGUAAACAGAGUAAAAAUUAAAUGUUUAAAUUUGAGAAGCAAUAUUGAUAUUCUCAAAAGUAGUAUUUUCCUUGUUCCUACUCUAGGGUCAGAGCAUAUUAAACUGACUUUAUUUCAAAACAAAUUGCAAAUUAUUGAGUCUCUGUCUCAAUCCCAACACUUACAGCUGAUUUUUCAAAAUAGCCAAACUAAUUCUGACAGAAAAGAAAUUUUGCAAUUAGUUUCUCAUUUAUUACUGAAAGUUCACAUUUUA